AUGAUUUCGACAGUUUCAGUCGCUUCGUCUUCCCGCAUCUCCCGGCGCCAUUUCCGCCGCUCCUUCCGCUCACUACCCGCGCUCGCCGUCACCGUCGCCUCUUUUCUCUUAUCAGACCGCUCGCUCUUCGUUCGCGCUUCCCCGUGCACCGCAAAAGGCGGGGUGCAUAGCGACAACUAUAAUCUUGGCAAGGGUGGCGGCGCGGGGGGAACGGAAGCGGCGGAGCCGGCGAUCGCGACACGAGAGGGUGGCAGUGGCGCAAGAGACGGCGGAGGAGCGAAGGAUUCGGAGUUCUGGGAGCGUGUGAGGCGGAGCGAAAGCAUGAGCUGGACGUGCCAUGGCGAUAGUAACGGCGAGAUGGUCGAUAAGUUGCUCCGUAGCGGAAUCGUCCAUUCAGAGCGCAUCGCGGAGGCCAUGAAGCAGAUUGACCGCGCUGACUACGUGUUGACCAAGUCAACGGCCUAUGACGACUCCCCACAACCCAUAGGUUUCAAUGUUACCAUAUCGGCACCUCACAUGCACGGCUACUGCCUGGCCUUUCUCGAGAAUCACCUGCGACCCGGUAACCGUGUGCUGGACGUGGGGUCGGGCUCGGGCUACCUGACAGCUGUCAUGGCGCUAUUGGUGGGCCCCACGGGGCGGGCGGUGGGCGUGGAGCACAUCCCGCAGCUCGUGGAGCGGUCCCGGGCUGCAGUGAAGGCGGGCCGGGCGGCGGAACUGAUGGACGGCGGACAGCUGUCGAUACAUGAGGCGGAUGGGCGGGAGGGGUACCCUGAGGCGGGCCCGUAUGAUGCUAUCCACGUGGGGGCUGCUGCUGCGGAGCUCCCCCAAGCUCUGGUGGAUCAGCUGAAGCCGGGCGGCAGAAUGGUGAUUCCCGUCGGCCGCUUCAUGCAGGACCUAGAGGUGAUAGACAAGGCAGCAGACGGCACUGUCACUCGCACGUCAGCCAUGGGCGUGCGCUACGUGCCGCUGACUGCCAAGGAUACGCAGCUGGGGAGGGAGUGA